UAUCAACGAGGAGAUAGCUUACUUCUCAGAACACUACUUUUCUGAUCAUAUACAAACCAAAUCAAGGUAAACACUAUCAUUAUUCCUCAUAUUUAAUUUUAAUGUGUUUAAAAAUGCCUUUGUUAUAUAUAAUAUUUAUUAAUUUCAUAAUCCUUUGUGCAGGUUCACAAGAUUUGAUGAAGGUGAAGUCCCCGUAUAUCAUGUCCCUGGAGUACCUGAUAUAUUUACGCACGUAGGACGUCCAAGUGGAGAAAUGCAAGAAAUAUGGCUUUCCGAGAAAGACUAUAGAUGCGCACAUGCAUAUGUUUUACGCAAUUGUGAUUAUUUUCAGCCACCUGAGAGGUAUAAUUUGAUAAUAUUAUCAUCUUCCAUAUUGAUUUAUCCAACUAUAGUUGCCCAUAUUAAUUUGUGUUUGGCUAAUAUAGGAUGUUUGAAGAUUUUCUUAGUGCAAAAUACCAGACCUCUCCGAAAAAGACCUCUCUGCGAAGAGAGCUGACGAAUAUCAUUUAUGGGUGAAAGAUUAUGUACGUUUGACUAACAUACCAUUAUAUAACUAAAUGUUUAUAAUUAUAUAUAUAUUAUAAUUAUAUAUAUAUAUAUAUAUGUUGCAGGUUAGCUAUUGGAGCAACACAUAUAAUUUUCCUGUGUGGGUUAAAGAUAUUUCGAAUGGACCCCUGACUAGGACCAGAACAUGGCCCAUGUACUUCACAAAAGGCUAUUUGUUCCAUACGCAGAAGCAUGGCGAGGGAAGAAAGACAUGUAAUUAUGGUGUGAGUGUUAAAGGAGAAAGUUACACAAAUGCAUCCGAUGAAGCCAAUUACUACGGGAUAUUGACUGAUAUCAUACAAAUUCAGUAUGAGGGAUCGGUCAAUUUGAAAAUCACACUUUUUAAGUGUAAGUGGUAUGAUCCGGUAAUUGGUAGAGGCACUCAACGGAGAAAUGGAGGCAUCGUCGACGUUCUUUCAUCGCGGAAAUACUAUAAAUACGAACCACUUAUUCUAGCGUCUCAAGCAGAUCAAGUUUGUUAUAUCCCGUAUCCGUACGUUAAGAAACCAAAGCAGUCGUGGCUCAAUGUUUUAAAAGUGAAUCCAAGGAGAAUCAUUUCAGGAGAAUAUGAAGAUAAAGAACCGACACUGUUGCAACAAGAAAAUGAUGAUGCUGUUUUAAUGACUACAAUUGAAGAACUUGCAGUCGACGAUUUGGUUCAUGCUCGGGUACAACCUAUAAAUCUUGAUAUUGAUGUGGAAGAUGUUGAACCAGAGGAUGAAUUCCAAUGUAAUGUAUCAUCGUCUUCUUCUGAUGAUGGAGAUGGAGAAGAACCCUAUUAAAAUGUAGUAUGAUUUUAUAAACUUUGUUUUAAUGUGUGUUUGUAAUAUAAUUUUGUAAACUUUGUUUUAAACUUUUGUUUAGUGUGUACUGUGAUAUAAUUGUGUAAAAUUUGUUUUAAUGUGUAUUGUAAUAUAAA